AAUAUUUUAUUAUCUUUGUAAUUAGUUCAUUGCUUGACAUCUGAUUUGACCAUGUAUUUUUUCAUCUAGAAAUUAAUUUGGCUUCUAUUUUUCGUGUGAAUAAUAAAGGUCCUUGUGUAAAUAUAUUAAAUUUCUAAAAAAUAAUCAAAAAAUUGCGAUCUACAUUAAUACACCUUCGUUAUUAUAACAAUACACUAAUGGAGUUUUCAAGUUUAAUUUUACCAUUAACGAAAAAUAUAUGUCGAACAUGCCUUUCCGAAUCAGAUUCAUCAAUGUUUAUGAAUGUUCAGGACCUCAUUGAACACGAAAUGAAUAAAAUAAAAUUAGUAGAUAUUUUAGUUUUUCUUAACUGUUUGGAGAACAAUGAUGAAGAAAACUGGCCACAAGGAAUUUGUUCGUCCUGCGUAUCAACUGCUUUAGUAGCGUACAGCUUCAAGUUGGAUUGUUUAAAGGCAAAUACAGCUUUAUCACAGAUCUUUAUGAUGCAAUCGCCUAACAAUCUUCAUAGGACAGACAUUGACUCCAUUGACAUAAAUGUUGUUUACCAGGAUCAUGAGUACGACGUGCCGUUGUUUAGUAAUCACACUACUCUAGAUUUUGAGCCUUCCCUGCCUACAAAUAAGGAACUGACACCAUUACCUCCGGUGACUGAGAUUACAUCCACUGAACAACCUCCUAGAAAAGAAGGGGAGAAGAAAUAUGCAUGCACUGUUUGUGCCAAAUCAUUCACUAGAAUACAUAGUCUGAGAUGCCACAUGGCUAAACAUGCAGACCCAAGAAAAUUUCUGUGCUCCAAGUGUGGGAAAACUUUUAACUCAUCAAAUGGGCUUCGGCAGCAUUUAUUAUCACAUAAGGAUGUUGCACAGUUUAAAUGUGGCUUUUGUCACAAGACAUACAAGUCCAAACAAUCUCUUAAAGAGCAUUUUAGAGUCGCACAUUCAAGCAACAGAAAACUGUUUGUUUGUGUGACAUGUGGAAAAAGGUUUACAGCAAAGUCAACACUUAUAAAGCAUAUUGAUAGCCAUAAUGGUGUGAAACAAUUUGCAUGUCUUCAUUGUCCAAAAGUCUAUACAAGGGCAUCAUAUUUAAGGGCACACAGUGUUGUGCACACAGGAGAGCCAAGGCCAAGACCAUUUAAAUGUAUGCAAAAAGAUUGUGAUAGAAGUUUUGCAACCAAACACUGCUUAGUAACACACAUAGCCCAUGCUCACAGUACGGAAAGACCACAUAAAUGCCAUAUUUGCUUUAAAGGUUUCGCUACCAAUUCAGGUCUAAAAAUUCACAUGGAUUCCCAUAUUAAUAGUGAGGUGUGUUGUAACAUAUGUGGGAAGAAGUUGGCUAAUAAAAGGGUAUUACAAAGGCACAUUAAAAUUCAUGAUGUUAAUUCUAAUGACAUGAUUUUAGAAACUGUAGUCGAUAAUGUUUUUUUUGAGCAUGCAUAUGAUAGCAUUAAUGUUAUGUAGCUUGAGUAAAAUAUGUCCUUAGAAGUAUUGAUUGCUGUAUUUUGAAAGUAAUAAAUAAGUCUGAUCAAC